UCUGAGACCUGCAAUAAAGAGGAAGCACACAGCACUCGCACACACGCUCACGCUCGCACUCGCACACGCACACACUCGCGCGGUGUGGAGGAGUACAGGCCUGAGAAGCAGGAGGAAGCAGCAGCUGCAGACGCUGACUUUACUACACUUUUCUCAACUGCGUGAUGGCAAACAAAGGCCCGUCUUACGGUUUGAGCCGCGAGGUGCAGAGCAAGAUCGAUAAGAAGUAUGACCCAGAGUUGGAGGAGAGGCUGGUGGAGUGGAUCGUCGCUCAGUGCGGACCCUCGGUGGGGAGACCACAGCCCGGCAAGCAGGGCUUCCAAACGUGGCUCAAGGACGGAUGUGUUCUGUGUGAGCUGAUUAACAGUCUGCACAGGGACGCAAAGCCAGUGAAGAAGAUCCAGAACUCCAGCAUGGCCUUCAAACAGAUGGAGCAGAUCUCCCAGUUCCUCACUGCUGCCGAGAAGUAUGGCGUCACCAAAUCCGACGUGUUCCAGACUGUCGACCUCUGGGAGGGUAAAGACCUGGCCGCUGUGCAGAUGACCCUGAUGGCACUCGGCAGCCUGGCCGUUACUAAAACUGAUGGAUGUUACCGCGGCGACCCCAAAUGGUUCCAUAGGAAAGCCCAGGAGAACAAGCGGGACUUUACUGAGGAUCAGCUGAAAGAAGGUCAGAGUAUCAUUGGUCUGCAAAUGGGCACCAACAAAGGAGCGUCGCAGGCUGGAAUGACCGGCUACGGACGACCCCGACAGAUCAUCAACUAAGGGCUGUGACCUUUUCCCUUUUCGUCCUGACAAAUCAGUGAGGACCAAACAGGCGCCAAGGCUCGUCCCAUCCAUGGAAACAAACUGGACAACCACAGGGACCAAAACACACUCACAUACGCCCACAUUCAUUAAGAAGUCACAGUUGACCGUUUGCAAAAUUCUGAAAGGGUUUCGCCCGCCUUAGUUAUUGUUGUUACAUCCAUAAAACUUCCAGUUCAGCCUACCUGGUAGAAUCUGUAACACUUGUGCUAACAGACUAAAAAUGUUCAGUAGUACGACGGAAAAGUGCAGACAAACUGAGGUCUGAAGCACUUCUUCUUAAACUUCGAACAGACAAAAUGUGAAUGUGGGCCCAUUUAAAGCACUGUUUAUAUUAAUCAGAAGCCCGUUUAGCUACUCAAUGUUAAAGCAGCAUGUUUUCAUGUCUAAUAAGGAGGAGCUUUUAGUGACUGCCUCUUCAGAUGAGGUAAAGCUAAAGCUAACACUGGACCUAACCAGAGCAAUGUUGGGGAGAACAUGCAAAGUCUUUUAGCUAAAGUUAAUGAAACAGUACAAAGCUUAGUGUAGUUUUCAUUGAGCUGGUCUUCAACACAGUUUAAUCCAAAAUGUUUUCAGCUUCAGUGAAACGAAAACAGCACCACCCUCCAGAUUAUUAGAAUAGCGUGUCAGGCAUUCGUCAGUAACACCUUUCCACCACUUCUAAUCUUAAUUCUGACUAAUUUACUGCCACUGCCAUUCUCACUGCUGAUUUGUUGCGAGUUGUUGUGACUGGCUGAGAGGCGUGUCAAUCAUAAUUUUGCAAACGGUCACUAGGGAUGAGCUUUUUUUUGUUUUUUUUGUUUUUUUAACUAAUUUUGCUUUAUGCCUAUCUACAUUUUUUUAAAUAAAUCCAAAUAUUCUAAUAUUUCAAAGAAAACAUUUUACACUGAAAAUGGAAAGGAAGGUUUAAGGUUGUUUGUGUGUGUGUGCAGCUAGCAUAUGAGCUAAUCCGUACCGGACGGUUGAUUUUAGUGAUUUAACUUUUAGAUGUGAUUAACUCGCCCUGCAGAGCAACAUAUUUUCAUAUAAAGUUCUGUUAGAUGUAGCCAUUUAGUUUAAUACAAGCUGCUUGUGUCAACCAUUGAAAAACUUACUUAAGAAUUGCAAUAUAAUGCAAAGAGUAUUUCUUUUUUUAUUCCAAACCACGUCUUAUUUGAAUACUCAGCUAAGUAAGUGAACGCUAUGAAGAAUUCACAUGUCUGUAUGUUUGAAUAUCCAUGCCUUUUCGUAACCCACACACAGACAGGCCCAUUUUUUUUUUUUCAAUUUUUAUUGCGAUAUAAAAAAACUCAUUGACCUGCUCCUGUUCUUCUCUUAUGUUUUAUAACACCUUCUACUUCAUUCCAAUAGGACACAGUGUGUUAGCUGGAACUAGUUCAACUAUUGUUUUCUACAGAAACCAUCUCAUCUCAGAUUAGCCUAAUGCUAAUGUCUUAAUCUCAGCAUUUCUACAUUGUAUAUUGAUUUUUAAUAGAUGAUUUUGAAAAUAAAAUUCAGCUCAACUGAACAAAA